CUAGCAGUGGUGACCUCGUCUUUAUAUAACGCGAGCUUCUUCACCAGUGGGAGACUCACACACUUGCAGCCGCCGCCGCGUAUUGGCUUAGCUGCUUGGGGUCACCAAUGGCGUCCAAGGCGGCCCUCUUCCUUGCCCUCAACCUCGUGCUCUUCGUGGUAACCAACGCCUGCCCUUACUGCGGCGGGGGCAACAAUGGUCACGGUGGCAGCGGGGGCCAUCAUGGCGGCGGGGGCAGCGGCGGCUACGGGGGUGGCAGCGGGCCGGGUAGCGGCAGCAGCGGCGGCGGCUGGGGAGGCAACAAUGGCGGUGGUGGCAGCGGCGGCAACGGCGGUGGGUACGGCCCGAUCGGCGGCGGCGGCAACGGCGGCGGGGUAGGGCCGAUUGGCGGUGGCAGCGGUGGGAUCGGACCCAUCGGAGGCGGCAGCGGCGGCGGCAUCGUACCCAUCGGCGGCGGCAGCGGUGGUGGGUACGGCCCCAUCGGUGGUGGAGGCAGCGGCGGCGGCGGCAGCGGCAACGACGGCACGAGCGGGUGGUACGGCCACUGCCCGACGAACGCGCUGAAGCUGGGCGUGUGCGCCAACGUCCUGGACCUGAUCAAGGCGAAGGCCGGCGUCCCCGUCGACGAGAAGUGCUGCCCGCUGCUGAACGGGCUGGUGGAGCUGGACGCCGCCGUGUGCCUGUGCACCGCCAUCAAGGCCAACGUGCUGGGGCUGAACCUCAACAUCCCCGUCAACCUCAGCCUCGUCCUCAACUUCUGCGGCAAGGGCGUCCCCACGGGCUUCAAGUGCGCCUAACGACCAUGCAUGCUCAUGCGUGCGCACGUCGUAGAAUCCAAGUGCAAAAGCACGCGUUAGCACGUGACAAAUUUGUCUGCGUGCCAACGUACCUGCAUGAGGGAUUGGUAAUAAGCGUGUCAUUGUCAUUGCUAAGUUGUCAAUGCAUUGUUAGUUUCGUUUCAGUUUCAGCUAGCAUUAUUAAGUUGUCAGUGUAGCAUGUAGUGUCUUUGCAUUUCAGAUUCGGAGGGUACAUGGUGUCCAGGUAAAGUUCAUGGUUACUUGUACUUCUCCGUUUCGUAUUUGAAUUCACCUUUUCAGAUUUGAAUUUAAAAACGUGCACGGCUGCUCCUAUU